UGAGGUGCACAGGUCCAUGAGGGAACUUGGCUCAAGAUGUGGACGCAAGUUACAGGUCUGAGUGAGAACAUCUGACAGAAACUUCAAAUCCACAAAGACGAGAGACGAGAGGAGAGAGAGGGCAAUUCUGAGUCAAAGGUUAGGAGCAGAUUUUGGUGCAGAAUGUCAGACUCCUCGACAUUAUCCCCCAGCAGCAGCAGUUCUCAGACAUCAACCCCUCAGGCAGAUCUACACACCUGUGAGCCCUGUGGGACCUCCUGCCAGCAGAUGGCAGAAUCACAGCAGGAGACCAACACCUUCAGCUUGAGGACUGCAGCUGUGAACAGGAGGCACAGUGCUGAUGGGACCAUCAGUUCAGGAUCGGGACCAGCACCAGGCCGGGGCCCCGUUGACUCUGACCGUUUCCACCCGUACCGUCGACAGUUCAGCGAUGGAGCAGUACCGGCUGCAGGUUGCCACCAGCAGUGCUCUCCUUCCUUCAGCUGUCUACAGGAGGGGUUCCGCACGGACACUUGUUCACACAGCUCCAGCAGCGAGGCACCACAACCCUGGGGCGAUUACAACGGCAGCAUUCAGAGUUCGUACCCAGAACUACCAGCUGUGCCAGUGGAGCCCUCCUGCUUCCUGUCUCAAAGCUUUCCAUCCUACAGCUCGGUGAGCCCUCAACAACAGGUCUCAUCUAGACUGUACCCUAAUAAUGACCAGUCCAACAGCUCAAAAUAUUCUCUCCAAAGUAUCUCCACUCAAUCACACCAGGAGAGCACCACACAGCACCUCUUCCCGAAGCCCAUUUAUUCGUACAGUAUCUUGAUCUUCAUGGCUCUGAAGAGCAGUAAAACAGGAAGUCUGCCAGUCAGCGAGAUCUACAGCUUCAUGACCGAACACUUCCCAUAUUUCAAGACAGCUCCUGAUGGGUGGAAGAAUUCGGUGCGUCACAACCUCUCCCUGAACAAGUGCUUUGAGAAGGUGGAGAACAAAAAUGGCAGCUCAUCCCGUAAAGGUUGCCUGUGGGCUUUAAAUCCAGCCAAGGUGGAGAAGAUGCAGGAGGAGCUGCACAAGUGGCGUCGCAAAGACCCCAUCACCGUUCGCAGGAGCAUGGCGAGGCCAGAAGACCUUGAUCGUCUACUGGGAGAAAGGCUAGGCAAGCACAGGUCUUUGCCACCUUACACCAGCCCAGCCCUCUUAACCAGGGUGGCUCCUACCUACAGCACUGUCUCGUCGUCUUGCAGCCCAGCUGAGCUUCGACCACCCUGCCAACCCAUUCAGUGUCCGCAGUACUCAGGCCAUAUUCAGUCUCAGCAGCCCUGCUACCUUACUCCUGUCGCAGCUCAUCCCAGCAACUCAUUUGCCCUGUACUCACCCUGUGGACAGCAGCCUGCAGCUGGUGUCCCAUCGGCUGCUGGAGGCCUGAACUCACCCAUGGCUGGGAAGAUGCCACCAGCUUAUAACUCUGUCCUGCAGGCUGAGUACAGUGUUGGUCCCAGGAGUAUGCAGGACUUGCUGUUGGAGGGAGACGCCAGUUAUGACAUUGACACGCUCAACCCCAGUCUGACUGACCUGCAGCUGCAAGGUAAUAUGUGGGAGGAGUUAAGGGAGGACAACCUGGUGUUGGAUCCACCAGUUACUACCACAACGCCAUCCACUACUCCUGCCCUGCAGGAUCCGCAUAUCCAGACCAUCUGCCUGCAGGUGACGCCUCCUGUCAAUCAGACGUCAGGGGUGACUCCUGUGGGUCGAUGUAAAGCAGAUUAUGAGGAUGAGGAUGCAGGCCGUGGACAAAACUUCGAGCAGCACGCCUGUUUGAACGGAUUUCACCCCAUGGUUUAUUCGGGGGUGGAGAGCUUGACUGGAUAUCUGACCUCCUGUACCACAUCUAUAUCCCUAAUGUAAAGACCUGAUGAUUGAUCACCCUCCCUGACUAUUGGUGUUCCAUAUUAACCUGAAAGGGAAAUAAUGUAAC